AUGGAUUGGUUGGAAUUUAUCGGCGCCCACAUGAAUCGUUUAUGGGACAAGUGCAUUCUAUUAUUGUUCCGAUUUGGGUUCAAAAUUGUAGAUGCCGUGAACAUUAUCGGUGGCUAUGUCGACUUGGUGUCUGUGUACCGUAUAAAGUCUCCACUCUAUGACAAGAAUCGCCAAAGAUUUACAUUUUAUGCACCGUCCAAUCGUCCAUUUGACGAAAAAGCAAUAACGUUUUUGAGAGAGAUGCAACUUCAACAUUGGAAUCCGGGCGAAUUGGAUUUUCAGAAAGAUAUUCCCGACUUUGAAAGCCUCCCACGUCCACUACAAGAGACACUGGUGGGCCUGUUGGCGUUUUUUGCAUUCGGGGACGGCGUAGUGGACGAGGUGAUUGAUCAUGUGAGAAAGAAGAUACAAAUACCAGAAGUACAAGCGUUUUAUUGGUCCCAGGGAGACAGCGAAAUUGUACACGGACAAACGUAUGGUGAUAUGAUUCGAGCGUUUGUGCCCGAUCAAAAAAAACAGGAUCUCCUGUUGACCGAGUGCGGUGAGAUUUGUAAUCUUCAAUUGAAAUUGGAUUGGGUAAAUAAAUGGACCAAAAACUGGCUACCUUUACCCGUUUUGUUGUGCGCCAUGUUGAUAAUUGAACAAUUGUGGUUUAGUACGGCGUUCAACAUUAUAAAUUGGCUACGCGUUUUGAACGUUAUGCCCGAAAUGGUUAGAGCCAACGAAUUUAUCAUUCGCAAUGAGAAAUUGCACGGCGACUAUGCCGCAUAUUUGUUGACCAGGUAUUUCAAUUUUAAGGAAAACCUGCCGUUGCAGCGCGUGUUUUUUAGAAUGUUGGACGAAGCAAAGUCGGCGGAAACAAAUUUUUUGUUUGUCAUGUCUACAAAGGUGCAAGAUGAAACGGAACCUCGUUACAAAGGGCUACAGUUUGAAGUUUUGUAUAAACAUAUGAACGAAACGGUAAAUGCCAUGAUUUUGCAAUUGUUUGAACAAAUAUCCCCGGUUACGGAGGAACUGCAAGAUUAUAACAAAGAUGUGGGUUUACACUUGUCUCUAUUGACCGCUCUGGGCAGUGGGAAGGAUAACUUUUUUGAAUAUUGUUCGCCAAAUUAUCAAUUACCUCUUGUUAGUAAAAUUAAUUAUGAUGAUCCCAAAUUGUAUACCCAAUAA